ACCGUUGGUGAAAACACCCAUUCCUGCCAACAUCCAACUAGUGAGCACUCCUGGGUUCUUGUUUACAUUUUCGUUCACAUCAAAAUUUGCGCCCAAGUCCAAGUGUUUUCACGUACAUUUGUUUUUUUCUAUGUAAACUCGGGAAAAUUAUUCAAGUUUCAUUAGAUCUAUAAUGAUGAUCCAGUGGACUCUUUGCUAAGCCACCAAAUAUGAAACUUCUGUGCAACACGGUCUUGGUGAAUCGACAAUGUCCGCACUUGAAAAGUUCGUCGUCCAAGUCUACUUUGGCGCUUGGAUUCCAUCCGCCUGGGAAGGAGAAUGCCGAACUCUUCAUCAUUCAUUUCACGGUUAAAAACAAAACUGGCGUCCGCUACAAAGUCAAGGAUAACCUCGAGAGGGUGUUCACGAAUUUCGUGAAAGAUGGCAAGGCGACCAUUUCGUUCAAAGUUCCAGAGCAUAAUAUUUUGAUUACGUGCGAUCCUGUGCAGUUGAAAUGUUUUCUAAACGCUCUGAAACUAGGUCUGGAAAACAAGCGAGAGAUGAACAAAAUCGGGAUAGGCACGCUUUCCAUGACACCGAUUCCCGCGCGGAAUGUGCCCAGUGACAAAAUGAUCAUUCAAAAUCGAUCAGAAUAUCCUGUGAAGGGGUUCCCUCGGAAUCUGAAAUUUCUAUCGAUUGUUGGAAUUGGACGCGAAAAGCUGCCUCUUUCGAUUUGCACACUCAGCAAUCUUCGCGUGUUGAAUUUCUCGGAUAAUAAGCUGCAAAAGUUACCAAAGGAUGUUGGCCGUUUACGCCUCAUUGAAUUGAAUGUGGCCAAUAAUCAACUGGGAAAGUGCAGUGACAGAGACCGGUGGGAUUUCCUCGCCAAUCGAGAAAUUUGUCAUUCGUUGCAAACGCUGGAUUUGAGCAAUAACCAGCUCGACGCUUUCCCGUACAAAUUAGUGAAAUUAUGUAAAUUGAAAAUUCUGAAGAUGGAUAAAAAUGCAAUAAAACGAAUUCCGUUUGCGAUACGAAGACUGCGAACAUUAAGACAUUUUAGCCUAUCAGAAAACAAACUAGAGUCAUUGCCAGAAUCCAUAAAUCACAUGGCGUUUGAUGACCUCAAUACUUGGGGUAAUAAUUUUUCGAUAAGUCAUGAAGCGCCUGAGCCUGUAAAUCGGACACAGAAGAAGAUUCCACCGCUUUGGGAGUUGUCAGGACGCAUUGUUAUUUCCAAAAACCUUCCUAUUAAUCCUUCAAUACUUCCACGUGAUAUGGUAGAUAUUCUGUUGGAGGCACCCAGAUGUCUUUGCGGGCGUUUAUCAUACUCAGGCGAGUUGAGACAAAAGGCAGUUGUUAUGCGUUUUAAUUUUAUUAAGAACUUAACGUUUAGUCGAGAACAUGUUAUUUAUGGCGACGUUGUGCUAUGCGAGAAUGAAAAGUGUUCACAGAGUUUGAUACAUUUUUGAUAAUUUAUAAUGUGGAAAGUAUCUAGUCUCUAAGAACAGUUGAAUAAAGACUCUACUGCUUGUUAAAUGGA